GGCCGACGGAGAAGAUCAUCAAAUCAGCGCUCCCUCAGAUAGCCGCAGUCGUCGCCUUCGUCCCUUUCGCGGUUCUGUGGUACCACCUAGGCGGCCUCGCGUGGGCUCUCUCUGGCUCUCUCGCCACCUACCUCAUUAUUGGCCGCCGUCACUGCGCUCCAUCUCCCGUAUAAGUCCAUUUCAACGCAGCGCUAGGUGCAACGGACAGUCGAAAUCCGAAGCAGAUAACGACAGCGGUGACAGCGCCGCCAGCGGUGGGACUAUAUUACUACAAUACACUUACCUUAUUUCCUAUCCCUAAAACCCUCCACCUCCUCCCAACUCCCUCACCCAGAUUUCACUUUCACGCUUCUUUCUUUCCUUCCGACCCAAUGGAUUCUCCCUCCGUCUUCGAUUCCUCUUUGCACCUCGUCUUCCUCCCAACAGCAGCGGCGCUCCCUCAGAUAGCCGCAGUCGUCGCCGUCGCUUUCGCGGUUCUGUGGUUCCACCCAGGCGGCCUCGCGUGGGCUCUCUCCAGGGCUGGUCGUUCGAUUCCUGGCCCCAUCAGCAUGGUCCUCGCCCUCUCUGGCUCUGUCGCCCACCGCGCCUUUUCAAGGCUAGCCCACUCCCUCCGAGCCACCGACUUGAUGAUCUUCUCCGUCGGCCUCACCCGUUUCAUCCUCGCGAGCCGCCCCGAAACCGCCCGGGAAAUACUCAACAGCUCGGCCUUCUCGGAUCGCCCUGUCAAGGAAUCCGCGUACGAGCUCCUAUUCCACAGGGCCAUCGGCUUCGCGCCCUUUGGCGACUACUGGCGCCAACUCAGAAGGAUCUCCGCCACGUACUUGUUCAGUCCCACGAGGGUCGCUUCCUUCGAGGAGCACCGGGUGAAAAUCGGGCAGCAAAUGAUCCGGGGCAUAAUGGCUAGCAUGGAUUCCACCGGGGUCGUCGGCGUGAAGAAAAUUCUCCACUUCGGUUCUCUCAGCAGCAUUAUGAUGAGCGUUUUCGGCCAAAAAUUCGAUUUUGACCACGGCGAAGGCGCGGAAUUGGAUGAACUUGUCACGGAGGGGUACGAGCUGCUCGGUGCCUUCAACUGGAGCGACCACUUCCCUCUGUUGAGGUGGAUGGAUCCUCAGGGCAUCAGGAAAAGGUGCAAGCGAUUGUCGGCCACGGUCAAUGUGUUCUUUGGAAGAAUCAUAGAGGAGCACCGUCGAAGGAGGGUCGAUGGAGUUGUGCCCGAAGGUGUAACUGCCGACUUCGUGGAUGUGUUACUAGACUUGCAGAAAGAAGAGAGUCUCUCUGAUUCUGAUAUGAUCGCCGUCCUCUUUGAAAUGAUCUUUCGAGGAACAGAUACAGUGGCCAUCCUCCUCGAAUGGAUCAUGGCGAGAAUGGUCCUGCACCCGGAUAUACAACGCAAAGCCCAAUCGGAGAUCGACGACGUCCUCGGCUCCUCGCGCCGGCCCAUCUCCGACUCCGACGUGCCUCGCCUGCCCUUCCUCCAGUCCAUCGUGAAGGAAGCCCUGCGGCUGCACCCUCCGGGUCCCCUGCUCUCCUGGGCGCGCCUCGCUGUUCACGACACCCACGUCGGCGACCACUUCGUCCCCGCCGGCACAACCGCGAUGGUGAACAUGUACGCCAUCACCCACGACGAGAGCGUGUGGGAAGACCCGGAGGCGUUCAAGCCGGAGCGGUUCAUGGAGGAGAGCGUGAGCGUGCUGGGGUCGGACCUGAGGCUCGCGCCGUUCGGGUCCGGGAGGAGGGUGUGCCCGGGCAAGGCCCUGGCUCUGGCCACCGUACACCUGUGGGUGGCGCAGCUGCUCCAAGACUUUUAUUGGGUCCCAGCUGCUCCUGAUAGAGAAGUCGACUUGACCGAAUGCUUGAAGAUGUCCAUGGAGAUGAAGAACCCUCUGGUUUGCAGGGCUUUGCCAAGAUCCUAAUGGAAGAAGCGAGCUAAUUAAUUAGGUUAAUUAAUUGUGCUCCGGAUUGUCGUCUUUGCAAAUCUGUCAACAUCUUUGUUUGUUUGGUGUUUUCCGUACGUGUAUACGUCUAUGAUCUCGGGCUGUUUGCGGUGUGGUGAGUGGUCAGUGUGUGCAUCUUCCACAGCUUCGUACGAAUAAGACUUGGAGUUUAAUUAGCA